AUGACGGCACCGACAAUGCAGCAGCCGAUCAUCCCCCCUCGUCCGUCCAAGAGCCCGGCCAAAGACCUCGCGGCCGCCAGUUCUACUCCCCUGAUUCCGCCGCGACCGGUUAAUAAACGAAUCGAUCGCUCAAAGUCCCCCAACCCCGAUCGAUUCGCCCAAUCGCCUUUCACCGAUGGCGCAAUUGUGAGCCCUCUUGGGUCCAAGCUCAGCCCCAGCUUCUCCCCUGGGAACUCUGGCGAUGCCAAUGAUCACGCUGAGAGUGUGCCGAUGCCCUCUGUUGGAGAAGAGGGGCUGGAAUACAGCGUCAUCACUUCUGAGCUGCAAGGUCAGGGCACCGAGGAUGCAGAGCAGACUCGCACUGUCGCCCAGGACCUCAAGCUUCACGCCCCUAAGCCGUCUCUCCCGGCAGCGAGCGCGAAAGAGCGGGUUAUGAACGUCACUCGCACCGACUCGGACAGGGCCGCCUCAUUUGGCAUCGGAAAGCCAGGGUAUCUUGAAGGCCGCUCAACCUCUCGCAACGGCCUGAAGAAGAAAUCCAGCACGACUCUCUCUGUUACCAGCGAGACAGACCAGCAGCUUGAUGAUGAGCAUGGCAUUCCCGAGAUUGGGCAGCGAGUGCCCAUGAAUCCGCACCUGGGAGAUGUCCAAGCGCCGUCGCCUGCUCCGACUGAUGGAAGCGGCAAACACCAUAACCGCAAGCUUAGUUCGCGUGGUUUGCCCCCGGGAAGCUAUGGAAUGCACGGCCACGGGGUUGAGCCUCAAGAUGAGCUUGACAAGGCUUAUUAUAAGAAGCAUCCUGAAGUGAUGCAGCGAGAGCAUCACACCCCGCUGCACGAUCAUCGCCAGACCGAUUUUGCUCUGAGCAGCAGCGAUCUCAACAAGCUAGUCCGAGAUACGGCCAACCGUAAAUCUAUAGACUUCAGUGAACAACAUGGAACCCCCAACGAAGAAGUUGCAUUUCAAGCCCACGAGGAAUAUGCCAGCCGCAUGGCUACCCCGCGUCCAGCUUCGAUAGUUCUGGAUACAGGUGCACCAUUGGAGGAUCCCGGUACACCUGAGAAUAAGCCUAUUCAUGUUGACGACCCUAAGCAUCCCGAACAGUACUCCUAUGGCGCUGAAAGCCCAGUUGAGGCCCGCGGGGAUGAGUCUGAGGCGCCGAUUCUGGCUGCCGAUGAGAUUGAGAAGGAUGCUAGGCGCCCUGCUCAGCAGCCAGCCAUUCGACCUCACCUCGACCGCAACGGUAGUUCGUAUGAUGGCACGAGUCGUCCUACAAGCCGUCCUACAAGUCGCCCUAGCAGUCGGCCGACGAGUAUUUACAACGCCCAUAGUCUCGACUUUGACCACACUCCUUUGGAAGAUGUUCGCGAAUACGAGCCUUUGUUCCCCGAUGAAGCCGCCAAGAAGGAGGACGAAAGGCGUGAAAGCAAAGACGGAUCAAAAGCACGUCACUAUUUCCCCAGCAAAGAUGUUUGGGAAGAUGCGCCGACCAGCGUUCACUACACCGCGGAGGUCUCAACUCCUGAUAAUGCAGAUGAAAAUGCAGAGGAAGACGCCCAACGAAGGAAGUCGUCAACGCAUCCUGAGAAUCGCCCUAUGACCCCGGCUCAAAUAUUUGCCAUGCAACAAGAAGAGCUCGCCGAAAAGGAAGCAAGCGGCAAGAAGCACAACUUCCUACCCAUCUUGGAGCAGCCGAAGCCUACUUGGGUCGACCACCAACCCCAUCUGAAGCGUGGCAAGUCAAGUACAAGUAAUCGAUUCCCCAGUAAAGAUGUGUGGGAAGAUACUCCAGAGAGUCUUCUUUAUGAGGCAGAGGUAGAGGAAAAGCCAAAGACCGAGAACAAGCCUGAAGUACCCGCCCGACCUUCCAAGAAACUAUCGGAACUGCUUUCACACAAGCCUGCCGUUCCUGAUCGCCCAAAGGCCACUAGACAGCCCAGCGGUGAAGAUGCGCCCAAGCCGGUGAUACCUACUCGACCUGUCAAAAAGGUUUCGGCUGACUCAAAGGACGGAGAGCUUUCCAAACCGAAGCCCCCAGUCCCCUCUCGCCCUGCUGGGGGUAAGAUUGCCGCUCUGCAGGCUGGAUUUAUGAGCGAUUUGAAUAAGCGUCUGCAGCUUGGACCGCAGCCUUCGAAGAAGGAAGAGACUGAAAAGAAUGAGGUUGUAGAUGAGAAGGAUAAAGUCCUACUGUCUGAUGCUAGAAAAAGUCGGGCUAGAGGACCACAGCGUCGCGCACCGACCAAGAGCUCGGCCCCAGCUCCUGCUCCGACAUCAACGAAGGAGUCUGCUCCUAUCACGCUAUCCUUCUCUCAGCCGCAGACGGUUUGGAACAUUGACCCUGAUCAUGGCGACGUUCAUGUUGCUUCUGACUCACUUGAGGUCCCCGAAAAGGACGUUUCUGAAACCGGACUAGAAUCAGAGAAACUGCCUUCCCCACCGAUAGAGGAUGAGAAGCCUGCCAAAAUAGAAAAGCCUAGAGCAGAAGAGGAGAAAGAGGCGGAACCUGUCGCAAAGGUGGUAGAACCUGAAGCCCCCAAGGAACUUGUUGAGCCCGCUGCUUCAACUGAGCCCGCACAAUCUGAGAUUGUGCUAGAGCCCAAAUCUUUGACUGAAUCUGAAGAAGCAAAGGUCCUUGAGAGUGCUAAAGAACCCGAAAUAACAAAGGGGCCUGAGGAAAUCAAAGAGCCAAGCGAGCCCGAAAAAUUGGAAGAAGUCAAGAAACCAGAAGAGCCAGUGAAGACAGAAACACUUGCGGCAAACAUGGCUGGCGAAAGCAUUUUGGAGGCCAAAGUGGAACAGAACGAUGAUACAAAGGAGAUAGAACCUGUUGAAGUGACAGACGAGGUGAAGGCUUAG